AAUAUACAAUCGCUAAUAAAUUGAUAUAAUCAGAAAAGACUGCUUAAAUGAUUCAAAAACAAGGUAACGACUCGAUAAAAGGCUGCAGUACGUCAUCUAUUUUCGUGUUACCAUAACACAGUACUUUUUAUUAAGAAUCUGCGAGUUUCUGAUUUAGAUUCUUAAUCCGGUAGAGGGACUCAUUCACUGUUUAGUAUUUUUCAGUUUUAGCAUAUUUCCACAUAUCCAUAAAAAUGUUUAUAUGGAAUUAAUAGAAGAAGUUCUUAAGCGUAUUUAGACCAAAAGUAAGAAUAUUUCAAGAAGGUAACGCUGAAAACACGGACCCUUACGCGAUGAUGAAUUUCGCCGCACAUCACCCUCCGUACGCAUUCGGAGUAACGGCGUCCGGAACCCUAGGACUAACCUCGUCACCCUUCCCCGCCACACCCAUCGCACACGGGGGAUCGUUACCGGACAGAAGUCAGAGAACGCCGUUUGCAAUACAAGAACUUUUAGGACUAGGUAACAACAACCAGGAAUCUGACAGACCAAGACAUUCUCAGAGUGACCCUAUCCUGUCAUCAUCUUACCUGGCUUCGUCACUGUCCAGUUCGUUAGGUCCAGUCAGGUCAGCAAUCAAGGACAUUCCAGUAUCUCUUCCUUACUCCACUUGGAGGUCUACUUUCAUCAAUGCUUUAAGCAGUUCAGCGCAAUCUGUGUUCAACUUAGGAUCGUCACCGAAUAACCUCUUGUCCAAAAGUAGCGACCAUGUGAAAACAAAUCUAGAAUCAAAUUACAGUGAUAAAGGAAGUCUGGAGAAUAUUGACAAUGCGGGUUUGAGCAGCAAGAAAAAGAAAAAGAAGCGACGUCACAGGACUAUAUUCACGAGCUAUCAACUAGAAGAACUGGAAAAGGCGUUUAAAGAAGCCCACUACCCAGAUGUCUACGCUAGAGAAGUGUUAGCUCUGAAAACUAACCUACCUGAGGACAGAAUACAGGUGUGGUUUCAAAACAGACGUGCAAAAUGGCGAAAGACAGAAAAGACUUGGGGCAGAAGUAGUAUAAUGGCAGAAUAUGGUUUAUAUGGCGCAAUGGUGCGACACUCCCUUCCGCUUCCGGAGACAAUAUUAAAGAGUGCGAAAGACGGAGUUCUAGAUUCCUGUGCACCAUGGCUUCUCACAGGUAUGCAUAAAAAGUCCAUUGAAGCCGCUGCCAAACUACAAGAAGAAGACGACGAACCGGUAGAGAAGGACACAUUGGAUGUCCGGGACAGGGACAGAGAGGAGAUCCGGUCGGAAAGCAUCGCUUCUCUCCGCGCCAAAGCUCAGGAACACAGUGCCAAGUUUAUACACGAGAAUCCGGAACGGUCCGACAGUUGUACCGACUCACCUUCACCAAGUGACAAUUACAAAAGUAGGUUCGAAGAACCUAGAGUUGACAAUGAAAAUUCCCACUCACAAGAGGAGAUUGACGUUGUGUGAAGGAGGGAUCUUUUACGAAACGUGUAUGACGUCAUGUCAGACUCAUAUCACGUAUUGUUUGACGUCAGUUAAAAUAUGUGAUGAUUCAAUGUAAUAUAUCUGAUAUCCAUGUUGACGAUAUGGAUGUAUGACGUCAUUGAUUGUAAUGUUUCUUUCAUUUCAGGUUAUUUGUUACACGAGAUAUAUUUAAACGUGAACGACAUAUAAAUUAUACGCACGUAUACAGAUAUUAUUGUUCUAUUAAUAACUAUGAGAUUGGAUUUAUUUCAAAUGAAUUUCUUAUACAUUAAAAAUGUCAAAAACA